UAUAAUUUCUUAUUGGGCCAAGAUGGGCCGGGCUAUUGUUUUAAGAAAAUAUAAUUUGUAAAACCCAAAUCUGCUCUCAUUGUAUCGAAACGAAACCCUCGAAACUCUUGAAAACUUCUUAAAUGUUCAGAGCUAAAUCCUCAAUUCAUCAAAGUUUCGUUCUUUAUCUUCUUCGCCAAAUUGGUUCCAAACCCAAAGAAAUUAGUGUUGAUUCGGCUCGUACGUACCAAUCAGGACCUGCUUCAAGCCCAAGCUUAUCGAUAUGGAGACGGAAGAAAGAAAUGAGCAAAGAAGGUUUAAUCGCUGCCAAAGAGCUCAAGCGACUCCAAACCCAAUUAGUCCGACUUGAUCGAUUCAUUGCUUCUCAUGUCUCUCGUCUCCUUAAAUCCGAUCUUGUUUCUGUUCUCGCUGAGUUUCAGAGACAAAACCAAGUUUUCCUCUGUAUGAAGCUCUAUGAAGUUGUGAGAAGAGAAAUAUGGUAUAGACCGGAUAUGUUUUUUUACAGAGACAUGCUAAUGAUGCUUGCAAGAAACAAGAAAGUGGAUGAAACCAAGAAAGUAUGGGAAGAUUUAAAGAAAGAAGGAGUUUUGUUUGAUCAGCAUACAUUUGGCGACCUUGUUCGAGCGUUCUUGGAUAACGAACUUCCGUUAGAAGCAAUAAGAUUGUAUGGAGAGAUGAGAGAUUCUCCUGACCCGCCGUUGUCUCUGCCUUUUCGAGUUAUUCUGAAAGGACUCGUUCCUUAUCCUGAAUUGAGGGAGAAAGUGAAAGAUGAUUUCUUGGAGCUUUUCCCUGGAAUGAUUGUGUAUGAUCCUCCCGAGGAUUUGUGCGAAGAAAGUGAUGAAGAAGCGAGAACAGAUAGUGAUCUUGAGUAGAGAGGUUAAAUCAAGUGGAAACACAAAGGGAAGAUCGUGGCUAUGCAAAAACUGAAACGAAUCGCCUUUGGAUAUAGAACAAAUUAUGGCUGUUGAAAACUGAAGAUGAUGAUGAGCAAUAGAAGAAGGAUUUGAGAAGCUCGUAAGCGUAUACUUUUGUGUAAAAAUCUCUCUCAGCAAUGCUAAAUAUAUGCUUGAAUCGGUUCAAGAUAAUUCAAAUGUUAGUGAAGAUGCAUAA